AUGGCGUUCGUUGCCAGCUCAAUGCUGCCUCGCGGGGAGGAGUUCGUGGGCUCCGAGCAGUGGCUGGGCUACGAAUCCCUGUUUGCUUCCUUGGAUGUGCUGCACUGUGCUCUCCUUUUAAUAAUCCUGCUGGGAUUCUUGCUUGCGUCCUUCACUGAGGAUGCUUCGAGUGAUUCUCUGCGUGUAUCCUGGAUAGCAACGCAGUUGCUGCCAGCACCGCGUUCCCAGCCGGAGUUGGGGUCACGAGGCCUUACCGAUGGCCAGCAGAUGUUGAACAAGCUGGCAGAACGGAAGGCUGCGCAGCGCCUCAAGAUUGUAAUGGCACCCGUUUUGGAGGCUGUCGAGGAGGGCCGUCUGCUAGAAUUGGUUUCAGACAAUAUCCGCCGACUGAGAGACUCGGUGGCAUUCUACGCCCGCGUGCUGUACGUGCGCCGCUUCGCAGAGGGCACACGCCAUCUCUUUUACAUGGCACAAAAAAUCAAAUUGGAUCUUGAAGUGCGGCCAGGAGAGUCGGAGGUAGUGACAUACGUGGAGGCAAAACGCGCCCUUCAAGACGACAAUCGGUGGCCUUUCAUGGUGGAGGUCUCUGAUGUCAAAGACGACAGGGUCACGUGCGCUGGCAACAAAAAGGCGUAUCCCAUGAGCUCGUACAGCUACUUGGACUUCAUUCGGGAGCCACAGGUCCAAGAAGCGGCCAUAGCAGCGGCUCGGGAAUGGUCUACGGGCUCGCACGGAGCACGUAUGCUGGGAGGCAACUCAACAAUAUUAAGAGACCUUGAGCGCACAGUGGCCAAGUAUUAUGGGCGUGAUGACGCACUGCUCUGCGCCACAGGGUUCUUGGCGACAAUGAGUGCCGUCGCUGCUGUCUGCAAGAAGGGGGACUUGGUGAUUGCUGACCAUAGGGCCCACGCGUCUCUUCGGACUGGCAUCAGCAUCAGCGGUGCGCGGAGCCUCUUCUUCAAGCACAACAACUACGUGCAUUUGAAGCAGCUGCUACAGAGAGAGAGAGGCAAAGCCCGGAACUGCUGGAUCGUCGUUGAAAGUGUGUACUCCAUGGAGGGAGAUAUCGCAGAUCUGCCAGUGCUUCGUUCUCUUGCGGAUUCUUACAACGCCCGGAUCAUUUGUGACGAGGCGCACGGCCUAGGAGUCCUCGGGAAGACUGGGAGAGGGCUGGAAGAGUAUUACAAUAUGCCCGGGUCUUGUGAUUUGCUGUGCGGUACUUUUUCCAAAUCUAUUGCCGGUGUGGGCGGAUUUAUCACCUGCAAACGGCCAUUAAUUGAUUUCAUGGACUUUCAUGCUCCGGGGUCCGUUUUUUCUGCCUCUUUGACGGCCUACUCUGCUGGGGGCGCCAUGAAGGCCUUUGAGCUUAUGACGGGCGAGCAGCAGUGGCGCAUACAAAAGGCGCAGGAUAAUGCGCGGUAUUUGCGGCGGCUCAUCGAGACGGGCGACGAUCGAUGGCCAGCAGAUUAUCCGGAAGAGCUGAAAUAUGAAGUGGAGGGCAUGGAUUGCACGACGGUCAUUCCUGUGGUCUUCCCGAAUAGCCCUCAGCGCAUGUUCAGGAUCACCAUGCUUUUGCUGGAUAAGGGCUUCUACUGCGCUGCCGCAGCCUUUCCUGCUUGCCCCCUCCUCAGGCCCAGAAUUAGAGUGACUGCUACUGCUGGCUACACUAAGGAGCUGAUGCACGCAUUUGUUAAGGCCUUGGUAGAAACGACCAUCGAAAUUGGGCCUGACGGUGAAAAGGAAAAGGAGAGAGUGCAGACCUCAGCUGCGGCUGCAGCGCCAGCGAAUGCAGGCAGCCUUCAAGGCUGA